CUUUUUGCUCUUUUGGCUUUUUUUUUUACUGAUUGACCCACUCCUUAAAAUAGGAAACAAACAGCUUUGACUACCCCUAAUUACUGCCCGACCGGGGGUGUGUAAUCAUUUUCCGGUUGUUGUUUUUUUUCCUUCUCGAGUUUUUGCUAUCUCUUUUUUCUUUCUCUCUCUCUCUCUCGUUUUUUUUUUCUCACCUCUUUCUCGGUUUCGUUUGCUUGGUUGGAUUGCUUGAUGAUGCUGCAUAAAAACGCUUUUGAACCCAAGGAUGCUCGGAUAAUCAAUUUGUAUGAGAACGAUAACGACGAUGAUCUCGAUGAUUUGAGUUUGUUCGGUUCCGAGUCAAAGAAGAACCGUAAACUCAUGACAGGCACACAAGCGUUGGCCGAGUUUUUGAAUACAACGAGUCCCGAAGAAUUUCAACGGCAUCCUCCUGAGAAAUCCACCUUGAGUUUUCUGAAGCGAAUCCCGCGCCGAGUGACCAAUUCCCCACGAUCCUCCCCUCUUCAAACCACUCUCUCAUCAUCCUCCACCCUUCUUGAAAGUACAUCCACCAUUCAUCGAAGAAACUAUAUCGAGAUCGUUCCUAAACUGGAGGUACAGACAUCCACAUCGUCUCCACCCGCCGGAGCUUCACUCGUCACUUCACCGAGCAGCCAACAAAUCCCGAUGCUACCAAGCAAAAACCGAGAUUCCAGCUUAUACAGUGGUUCGCUCCGACACUCCAUGAGUAUCCGGAGCCAAAUGAGUACAAGGAUUCGGCCGCUGGGACGUCAUGAUACCACAACCACCUUAUCAACGCAAGCCAGUGGUGGCAAUCGACGAUCGGCCACCGGCUCAUCAGCCCCCGUGAUCCACACCUACAACGGUACCGAUACAGCGUCGAUCAUGGAAGACUUUAAUAGUGGGGACCGCGAUAAGCUAGGCGAUACCGAAAAACAGGCGUACGCUUUGGUCGUAGCCCACGUCGCAGAUAAAGAUCCAAUUGAGGCUGGCCUCUUGAGUCGUUUGCAACGAUACCGGUUUGCCCAAGCCGAAAUUCCAAGCAAUAUCGUCGCAGCCAAAUUGGCCGAUGAACAUUUACGCGCAUUAAAAGCAUCCUGUGUGAAUCCUCCCACCAUUGUCUCCGCCCACCCAGCUCGUCGAAAAGCGCGUCACAUCCAGGUGCAAACCAUGCCUCUUGUGGAAUCCACGCCCUCCGUCAACGAACCCGGCAAAAACAAACAAUGUAAAAAAUGCCAACAACCUGUGUCUUCAGAUCACGCUUCCAUCCAAUCAUUACAACGGCAGCUGGAAGAGGAACGACUGCGCCGUCAACGGUUACAGGCGGCACUAGAAGAAACCUUCGAUCAUUUUGAAACCCUGAGUGGUAUGGCUUACAAGAGACUGCGAGAAUUGUGGGAAGAAAAAUUACGCUGGGAAAAUGCGUGCAUGGAAUUACGGAACGGUAACGAUCAGUCCGAAGUCGUCGAUUUCCCCGAAAGUGAAUAUAUUGAAGAAGAAGGCGAAGCUAGUCUUGCCCCCGAAGGCACCGCGUGCCAGACAGAAGAAAUCGCCGUCAACUAAAAACCCCCUUAUAAUCAUAUCCGUUCUUUACUUUUGUCUUGUCCAAAAAAAUAAAUAACAAUGUUAAUGAUAGUA